GGCAGAAUGGCCACAGAGGAGCGGCACCUCUCCUCCAGCUGUGGGUCCUUCAUCAAGACCGAGCCCUCCAGUCCAUCUUCUGGCAUCGACGCCAUCAGCCACCACAGCCCGAGCGGCUCCUCCGAUGCUAGCGGUGGCUACGGCAUCGCCAUGGGUGGCCACCCCAAUGGCCUAGACUCGCCACCCAUGUUCAAUGGCACGGGGAUUGGCAGUGGGUCCUGCCGUAAGCGUUACGACGACUGCGCCAGUGCCAUCAUGGAGGACUCGCCCACCAAGUGCGAGUACAUGCUCAAUGCAAUCCCCAAGCGGCUGUGCCUGGUGUGCGGGGACAUUGCUUCUGGGUACCACUACGGCGUGGCUUCCUGUGAGGCGUGCAAAGCCUUCUUCAAGAGGACUAUUCAAGGGAAUAUUGAAUACAGCUGCCCGGCCACCAAUGAAUGUGAGAUCACGAAACGGAGGCGCAAGUCCUGUCAGGCCUGUCGCUUCAUGAAAUGCCUCAAAGUGGGGAUGCUAAAAGAAGGUGUUCGUCUAGAUCGAGUCCGUGGAGGCCGUCAGAAAUACAAGAGGAGACUGGAUUCUGAGAGUAGCACCUACCUGAGCCUACAGAUCCCUCCCCCAGCUAAAAAGCCACGUACGUAUUGGUCUGGAAUGUGGUCCCCUGAGCAACCACUAUUGACUAAGAUCGUCUCCCACUUGCUGGUGGCUGAGCCAGAGAAGAUUUAUGCCAUGCCUGAUCCAACCAUGCCAGAGAGUGACAUCAAAGCCCUGACAACCCUCUGUGACCUGGCAGACAGGGAACUGGUGGUGAUCAUUGGCUGGGCAAAGCACAUCCCAGGGUUCUCCAACCUCUCACUUGGGGACCAGAUGAGCCUCCUGCAGAGCGCCUGGAUGGAAAUCCUCAUCCUGGGCAUUGUGUACCGCUCCCUGCCAUAUGAGGACAAGCUUGUCUAUGCUGAGGACUACAUCAUGGAUGAAGAGCACUCUCGUCUGACAGGGCUGCUGGAGCUCUACCUGGCCAUCCUACAACUGGUGCGCCGCUACAAGAAGCUCAAGGUGGAAAAGGAGGAGUUUGUCACACUCAAAGCUCUGGCCCUCGCCAACUCAGACUCCAUGCACAUAGAGGACAUGGAUGCAGUGCAGAAACUCCAGGACCUUCUUCACGAAGCCCUGCAGGACUACGAGCUGAGUCAGCGCAAUGAGGAGCCCCGGCGAGCAGGCAAGCUGCUCCUGACCUUGCCCCUCCUGCGGCAGACGGCUGCCAAAGCUGUGCAGCACUUCUACAGCAUCAAACUGCAGGGCAAGGUUCCCAUGCAUAAACUCUUCCUAGAAAUGCUAGAGGCAAAGGUCUGA